UUUCCCUGGACGCAGAGUAAACACGGUUUCUCCGCGCUGGAAGGAUUACACUUCCCUGCAGGAAGAGGAACUCUAGGUGAAUUCUUUGAUUUAAAGAAGUAUAAAUGAGUGUUUCUUUCCAUCGGGAAGAGUUUGUUGCGAAGUCCAUGUUGGAGAAGAGUGAGUGGAAAACUGCAGGACGUCUCUAUGUGACCCGCAGUACCCACUGAAGUCUGAGUUAGUCCAUGGCAUAACCCCGGGUCUUCAACUUCCUCCUGGGGGAAGUGGCUGUCCAGUCCCUUGUCUGAUUAGUGCGACGCCCCACAGGAAGUGGCCGCUACGCCGUGCUAACCGUAACCAUGCCGGCCCUUGCUACGGGACCGGGCCCUGACACAGGUCUGUAUGAGCUGUUGUCAGCGUUGCCGUCUCAGCUCCAGAUGUAUGUAAAGAGUGCGGAGGAUCGCUCUUUUCUCCAUGCCAUGUUCAGCGCCCGGAGCCUGCACUCCCUCGUCAAGAUCCAUGAGAAGUUACAGCACUAUGAGGAAAUGUGUCCUUCUCCUGUACUGGACAGCGCUGGUGCUCUCGCUCAAGGAGUGUCUGAUGAGCUCCAGACGAAACCUCUGAGUGCAGACAUCACCGAGCUGCUGAAGCUGCUAUCGAAACCUCAUGUUAAGAGUUUGUUGUCAGUCCAUGACACAGUGGCUCAGAAGAGUUAUGAUCCUGAGCUUCCUCCUCUUCCAGACGACAUCGACGAUGAUGAAGAUUCAGUCAAGAUCAUCCGACUGGUCAAGAAUAAAGAGCCCCUAGGGGCCACCAUUAAAAAAGACGAAAAAAACGGAGCCAUCACAAUCGCUCGCAUCAUGAAGGGCGGAGCAGCAGACAGAAGUGGCCUGAUCCACGUGGGAGACGAGCUGAAGGAGGUCAAUGGCAUCCCAGUGGAGGGAAAGAGACCAGAGGACAUCAUUCAGCUUCUGUCCCAGUCCGAGGGUGCCAUUACUUUUAAAGUGGUACCAGGUCCAGAGACAGAGGGUCCAGCCAGUGAGCCCAAGACGUACGUGAAGGCUCUGUUUGAUUACGACCCGGAGGAGGACAAGGCGAUUCCAUGUAAGGAGGCAGGUAUGGCCUUCAAGAAGGGUGAUGUGCUGCGAGUCAUGUCUCAGGAGGAUGCUACAUGGUGGCAGGCCAAAAUCGAGGGCGGCACCAACCCUCGCGCCGGACUCAUCCCCUCCAAGCAGUUCCAGGAGAGGAGGUUCGCUCUCCAACAGCCGACGGCCAACACCCAGCCUCAGAAGGUCUCUCGGAAACCAUCUGUUUUACGGAGGAGCUUCCGUCUCAGCAAAAGAGGAAAGAAGACAAACAAGUCCAUGUACGAGUGUAAAAAGAGCGAGCGGUACGACACCGCUGACGUCCCCACUUACGAAGAAGUCGCUCCGUACUGCAGAGCUCACGGAGCCAAGCACAGACUCGUCGCCCUGCUCGGUCCUACAGGCGUGGGUUUGAAUGAGCUGAAGAGGAAGCUGUUAAUAUCUGACCCGCAGCACUUCAGCGUCACCAUCCCUCACACAUCCCGAGCGAAGAGGAAUCAGGAGAAUGAUGGUGUGGAGUAUCACUUCAUCUCUAAACACCUGUUUGAAACAGACAUCCACAACAACAAGUUUAUUGAAUAUGGCGAGUAUAAGGGAAAUUACUACGGGACGAGCCUGGACUCGAUCCGCUCAGUAAUGGCCAAAAACAAGGUGUGCCUCCUGGAUGUGCAGCCUCAUUCUCUGAAGCACCUCCGCACGGCCGAGUUUAAGCCCUACGUGGUGUUCGUGAAGCCUCCGUCCAUCGAGCGUUUGAGAGACACCCGGAAGAACGCUAAAACCAUCUCGGGGAAAGGAGACAAGGACUCGUCCAGACCCUUAACGGAUGAAGACUACCAGGAGAUGAUCGGCGCCGCUCAGCUGACGGAGAAUCAGUACGGUCAUCUCUUCGACCUGGUGAUCGUCAACGACGACCUGGCGGCCGCAUUCGGCGAGCUCAGGCAGGCUCUGAGGAAGGUGGAGACGGAGACGCACUGGGUUCCAGUUAGCUGGACGCACUCCUGAGGGAACAUCAUGCACCAGUAAAAGGGACGGAAAAUAAACCCGGGACGGCACGUUUUAAAAAUAAAGCGGAGAAGAAAGACAAAGGGGAAGAAGUUUUGCGAAGCAUGACUGCUGACUGAGCUUUCAUUUAGCCUAAAUCUGGUGACGGGGAAGGGGGGGGUGGUUUGUGGGGGAUUUUAACAGCUCUCUGACACGUUUAUGGGGUCCUGCGACACUAAAAGAAGGAAUUUUAGGUUUGUUUUUGUGUGUUCUUGGUCAGCAUGGCUGGAUUCAGAGCGAAGUGUCUAAUUACUCUCGAAAUGUCGUUAAACAUGGGAUCGUUUAGCGGUAGCUGUCGAAGCGCGUGUUUACUUGACAACCAGUUGGGCAGAGUGUGAUUUUUAACUUUAAUUUAUAAACACCAAAGGGGUGAGUUUUGGGUUUUUUUGCCUUUU